AUGAAGGAACUUUUUAUCAGAUGGCAAGCUGUUUGUGGAGUUCCUGUUGAGAAAGGAGCUGCAAUAGCAAUGAGGUUCAUUGUCCAUUCUCUUGGAAUUCUCCUAAUGUAUUCGGAAAUGGAUAAGGUGGCAAACUCCCAGUCAGUUGUAGAGACUUACCUCCCUCCAAUAACAUUAGAACUAGACCACCUUGCCAAAAACAUUUUUAGGGUUUUUGAGGUAAUAAGCUUCUUGGAUUGGGCUUUACAUUCAGAAUCGGCCUCUGAAAUCGCCGACCUGAAGGCUACUAUCCACAAGAUGAUGUCCAAAAUGGCGGCCCUAAAAGGUAAGGAUAGUGACAGUGACACGUACAGUGAAUAUGUACAUCGUGACCAUUUUAGUAACUGGCAUGGCAUUGCAGAAGGAAGCAUAGGAUGCUCUCUUAUUGUUAUCUCUUCACCUUUUCAGAAAGGUGCUGAGUUUGGAGAGCCAGGGGGUACAGUGUACCUGGAGCACCCACCACUUUAUAGGUUAAUUAAGAAUGAUCUUUUCAGGAGAGAAGCAGAAAGUCUAGUAAAGCCAUCAAAAUUGAAGGAGGUAAACAAUAAUGAAAUUACUGACAUCCACAAUGAACAUGUUGAAAAGCACAAAUCUACAGCUACCCGACAUCUCAUAUUCAUACGACAUGGGCAGUAUAAUUUGGAAGGCAUCACCGAUAAUGACCGCUACUUGACACAGCUUGGGAGAGAGCAGGCAGCCUUAACAGGUGAACGCCUCAAAACACUUGGAUUCCCGUAUACAAAACUUGUGUUUUCCACAAUGACUCGAGCAACAGAAACGGCAAGAAUUAUUCUGGAAAAGUUAGGCGAAACAAAAGAUAUUGAACAUUGUGAUUUGUUACGGGAAGGUGCGCCAAUUCCUCCAGAACCACCUAUAGGAAGCUGGAAGCCAGAAGUGCACAAGUUUUUCACUGAUGGGGCACGCAUAGAAGCAGCCUUUAGAAAAUAUGUCCACCGUGCUCCGUAUACCCAAGAGAAAGAUAGCUACGAAAUAUUUGUCUGUCAUGCAAAUGUUAUUAGAUAUAUUGUUUGCAGAGCUCUGCAGUUACCACCAGAAGCAUGGUUAAGAAUGACUCUACACAAUGGCAGCAUGACACACAUUGUUAUCCGGCCUGAUGGGAGAGUUGGUCUUUGGCACCUUGGAGAAUGUGGAUACAUGCCCCCAGAGAAGCUAUCAAGGACUUAAAAUUUGUGUUGAUUAGUUCUGUGAAAAGUAUACUUUUAGGUCUAUAAGUUAUUUUGGGAUUUGGAUGUUUUGUUAAUACUAUAAUAAAAAAAAAUAGGGUCCAUUUAUAGUCUGUAUAACAAUGAUGUUUACAUGUACCCAUACUACGUUUUUAGAUUAUAAAUGCUUGCUUUUUCUUGCAAUGUAUAUUAUUUUAAUGGACUUAUUGUUUUUAUUUUUUCUUCACUUGUGUUUUAUGGAAUUAAAUUCUGCCUCAAACAUUAUUUCACAGAAAGUCUACAAAUUUAUGCUUUUAUUAAUAAACUUGGUAUAUUUGU